GACUGAAGAGUUUCUUUCACCUGCAUCUGCUUGUGUUGCUCCCUUUCGGAGUUUGCUUUCUUGGAGAAACUGCUGGGAAUAGCAGCCUGCCUAGUUGGGUGCAGAGGGUCAUCUGUCACAACUUGCAUAAUACUUACAUGGAAAAUGUCUUUCUCAAAGGCUCUCGGUGCCUCGUGUUUUACAGUACAUGAACAGUUGGCUAGUCCAGGUGUUUCCUCUUCUGUUUGCGUGAUAUGUGAAUUGGAAAUUCAAGAGAAGAGUUGGCAGAAUGGAAGAGCCAAGGGACAGUCGGCCCAAUAUGUCAAGACCUCUGAUCACUAGGUCCCCUGCGUCUCCUUUGAACAAUCAAGGCAUUCCCACGCCAGCACAGCUAACAAAAUCCAAUGCACCAGUACAUAUUGAUGUGGGUGGGCACAUGUACACCAGCAGCUUGGCUACUCUUACUAAGUACCCCGAUUCAAGAAUUGGGCGGCUUUUUGAUGGCACAGAGCCAAUUGUUUUGGACAGCCUAAAGCAGCACUACUUCAUCGACAGAGAUGGCCAAAUGUUUAGAUAUAUUUUGAACUUUCUACGAACGUCAAAACUUCUUAUACCUGAUGAUUUCAAGGAUUACAGUUUGUUAUAUGAAGAAGCAAAAUAUUUUCAGCUUCAGCCCAUGCUAGGGGAAAUGGAAAGGUGGAAACAGGAUCGGGAAACAGGCCGAUUUUCAAAGUCUUGUGAGUGCUUGGUUGUGCGAGUUGCUCCAGAUCUUGGAGAAAGGAUAACAAUGAGUGGUGACAAGUCCUUGAUAGAAGAGGUUUUCCCAGAAAUCGGCGAUGUGAUGUGCAAUUCUGUCAAUGCAGGGUGGAAUCAUGAUUCGACACAUGUCAUCAGAUUUCCUUUAAAUGGAUAUUGUCAUCUUAAUUCAGUUCAGGUACUUGAGAGGUUGCAACAAAGAGGGUUUGAAAUUGUAGGCUCGUGCGGAGGAGGAGUGGACUCUUCCCAGUUCAGUGAAUAUGUACUUAGACGAGAACUCAGACGGACAUCUCGUUCAUCCUCUGUCAUUCGAAUAAAACAAGAGCCUCUGGAUUAAGGAAAUUUUUGUUUUCUUAUGCAACAACAAAAAAGAGGGACCUUUUCAUGUGCAGUUGGGACACCAAAAGAGCCCUGGAAAGAAAAAUUGAAUAAAGACACAUUUAUAUUGAAUAUAGAGAUCAUACCUGUAUUCAUAUGGAGCAUUUGGAAUAGUAAUAAUAACCUCAAGGUGUAAAAUAUGUAUAUGUGAAAAGUUAGAUAAUGCAAAAAGAAAAAAAUACCCUUAAAAUGGUAGGUGAGGUUGGUGCUGUGAUGGCCAUUAAGUGUCCUGGGCCUUAGCUAGGCCUGAUUUAACAAUAAACAAGCCAUUUCUGUUGGGGAAGACUCACAAGUCCUUUUCAUUUUCCUUUGCCAGCUGGCAAUCUGCUUUUCAGUGUAUACACCUUGAAUCAAGUUUGUUUGCAGAUGUUUGUCAUAGAGGUGACUGGGCACAACUUCAAUCCAUCCAUGACAUAGCAGAGUUCAUCAGUGGGAAUUUUAAAUGUAGCUUGUACAGAAGUCAUACUCUUCUGUUGACCUGACAGAUGUGAACAUUAUUCUUGUUGGGUUUCCCCCACAAAGGAGCCAGAAUUUAUAACUACUUGGUAGAGUUGCUCUGGUUUGAGUCCAGUGCUUUUGUAAGUUUUAUUCAAACUUUAUAAUACAUAAAAUACAAUAAUUUCUGUUAAAAUGUUCUGUUUCAGCCAACACUAGCCAAAAAAUGUAAAAUAAAAAAUCAAAGUUAGCUUUUAACUUGCUCUGUUAUGCAUUUGAUAUGUUCAGUGGACAAUAAGUGAUGUUGAGUUCUGUGUGCAACAAAAAUAUGAAGGCAUAAGAAAGUUACGGGAAAAUGAUGUGCUUUAUCUUUAGUAUGUCAUAGAAACAGUUCUGACGCACCUUAUACUUUCUUUCCAUCAGUGAUUAUUCCAGCCUUGUUUAAUAAUUCGACAAGUGGUCAUUUUAGAG